GCCAGCUGAGCCGCGCCAGAGAUCCUCUAAGUCUGUCAUGACCCACGCCCCGAGAGCCGCCGUUAAACCACAGCUAACAAAACACUCAAUGACAUUUAAAUAUAUCCAUCCCGGAUUCCCACAUAUCGUAUUCUCUGAAACGUUUCGCUUCCACUCAAGUCUUCUGGGGGCCGUUUGACUUGAUGUGAAGCGAUUCCAAUCUGAGUGAGCCCUCUUGCUGACGGAGAGCAUCUCUCCUGCCAGACGAGAGCUGAGCUAGCGGCUCGACGGCUAGCAGCUAGCAGGCUAGCGGCUAGCGAGUGUCGCUAUGAUGGCGGAGCUGGUGCAGCAGGGAGGCGGCGGAGGAGGAGGACAGGCCUCGGUCGGUGGGCAGCCGGGCCUCAAGUCGGACGGCCUGGCCGACGCCUUGCAGCGGGCCCGCCAAAUGGUGGGGAAGAUGGGCGGUGGCGAGGCCUUGGCGCACAUCAACAGCUCUGUGGCCAGCGUGGAGCCGUCCCUCUACUACAAGCGAGCGCCCGACGACGCCGGUAAUCCACUGUCAGCUGUGGGACACCAAAGGGUGUUGACGGAGGACUACAAGGUUCCCGACAGGAUGGUGGGCUUCAUCAUCGGCCGAGGCGGCGAGCAGAUCACCAGGAUCCAGUUGGAGUCGGGAUGCAAGAUCCAGAUCGCCGCCGACAGCGGCGGUCUGAUGGAGCGUCCGUGUUCCCUGACUGGAACUCCAGAGUGCAUCGAGCAGGCGAAGCGUCUCCUGGUCCAGAUCGUGGACCGCUGUAGGAACGGUCCCGGUUUCCAUGGCGAUGGGGAGGGCGGAGCCCUGGUGCAGGAGAUGUUGAUCCCGGCCAGCAAGGUGGGGCUCGUGAUUGGCCGAGGAGGAGAGACUAUCAAACAGCUGCAGGAGCGUGCGGGCGUGAAGAUGAUGAUGAUUCAGGACGGUCCCAUGCCCACAGGAGCAGACAAGCCUCUGCGCAUCUCUGGAGAUCCGUACAAAGUUCAGGUGGCGAAGGAGCUAGUUCUGGAGGUGAUCCGGGAAAAGGACGCCGACUUCCGGUCGGGACGCAGCGACUUCUCCGCCCGGCUGGGAGGAACCAGCCUGGACGUUCCCGUUCCGAGAUUUGCGGUCGGCAUCGUCAUCGGCCGCAACGGCGAAAUGAUCAAGAAGAUCCAGAAUGACGCUGGAGUGCGGAUCCAGUUCAAAACGGAUGACGGCAUCAGUCCGGAGCGCGUCGCCAUGGUGAUGGGCCAGCUGGAACGCUGUCAGCACGCUUUGCACCUCAUCAACGAACUCAUCCAGACCGCACAGGAGCGGGACGGCUUCGGCUCGGCGCUGAGGGGCAGCCGGGUCAGAGGCCGCGGUGGCGAUUGGACCAUGGGUUCCCCCGGCCCCCUGCAGGAGGUCACCUACACCAUCCCCGCAGACAAGUGCGGCCUGGUCAUCGGCAAAGGCGGCGAAACCAUCAAGAGCAUCAACCAGCAGUCGGGCGCCCAUGUAGAGCUCCAGAGGAACCCGCCGCCCUCCACCGACCCCAACACGCGCGUCUUCACCAUCAGGGGGUCCGCGCAGCAGAUGGAGCACGCGCGCCAGCUCAUUGACGACAAGAUCGGGGGUUCUGGCAUCAUGAGUAACGGAGGUUUCGGCUUCAGUCCCUUCACUCAAGGCCCCGCCCACCAGAACUGUGGUGGUGCCCAGACCUUCUUGACAGGCGUGUGGGGGAACACCUACCAGACCAGCUGGCAGAAUGCCGCGCAGCAGGACCCUGGUCAGCAGAGUCAGCCUGCGAGUGUGAUGAGCGACUACAGCAAAGCGUGGGAGGACUACUACAAAAAACAAAGUCAGUCGUCCCAGCAGAGUUCGCUGCCCGACUACACAGCGGCGCUGGCCGAGUAUUACCGCCAGCAGCCGUACCUGUGGAACCCCGCCCAGAUCCAGGCCCGGAGGUGCGGUUUGAAGCUCCUUCUGACAGAGGAUUCUGCCAGACGUACCCAGCAGACCCUCACAAUACGUUUGGGGCCUGCCAGGUCGGACCGCCAUCUUCCCCCACCAUCGGAGCCGACUCACCGCAGGAUCACUAAGAGGCCCCUCCCACCCUUGGACGCCGCACCUCCUCCCUUCCUUUUGUAGAGCAAAUUAACGGAAACAGGAAGUGCUCUUCUUCUGGUUUUAACCUCCAAAGUGUCGGACUUCCUGUUUGGCUUUUUUUUUUUUUUUUUUUUUGGGGACACUUGAACAAAGUUCACUUCACCUCCUUUUGUCUUUUUCUUUGUUUUUUCAACACGUGAUGCCUAGCAGUCUUGAGGAAGAUGAUGGUGAUUAUUGUUUUAAGCAUGCCGCAUAUUGUUUUACUUUUGUUAUUUUCAGUGUCGAUGUUUUGAUGGCGUCGGACAGAAUUGUGACACUUUGCCUUGACGGGCGUCUUUUUGUACGAAACUGUCAUUUUAUUUCUUCGGUCACCAUUUUGAACGUGCUUGUAACAAAGCCCUAAUUUCUUGUUUUUCUCUCGGUUCUGCGCUAGAAUCUUAAAUUUGGUCUUCUCUGUGGUCAAACAUCGAGCGAUGUCGUAGUGCUGGCGGACGGCACCAAACUAGCACGUUAGCACUUGAAGUUUUGGUUAGCACCCGGCGGCUGCAAUGCUAGCGAUCUGUCACUUUGUUUGUGUCAAAUCACAAACGUUGUUGUAAAGUUUGUUUAUGGGUUAGCUUUAGCCACCUAGCGUUAGUGAAAGGCAUGUGCUAGUGUAGCAUUGCGCACGGUUCGGGCCACAGAGACGUUUGACCUUGAAGGAUGUCUUUUUGUACAAAACUGUCAAUCAUUUUAUUUCCCCGUUCGCCAUUAUGGAUGUGCUAGCGAUAGCGACAAUGUCCUAAUUUGUUUAUUUUUGGUUUGAUGCUCGUUCUUAAUCUUGUUUUUGGUAGUUUUUACUGCGUAAGAUGAUCCUGUAUUUGUGCUCUCUGUGGUCCGAACACGAGGCGACGUUGCGACAAACUAGCACGUUAACACUCAAUCUUAUGGUUAGCAGCUAAAGUGCGAGCGGUCUGUCACAUUUUUUUUGUGAAAUCACAAAUGUUGUUGAUAAAAUGAAUUCACUUUCACACUCUUUUUGUUUCGCAUCCUUCGGGGUUGUCACGUAGCCUGAGCGGAAGGAACGUGCUAGGUUGCUGCUAGCGUAGCACAGCGCACGUGUUGGACCACAGAGACGAUUUGUCAGGCUGCUCUUGUUGAUCGUUGUUGUACGUGUGUGACCAAGAUGAUGAUGAUGAGUUGGGUUCAGGGGUCUAUUUAAAUGCAUUUAUGAAUAUUCGGUUUGGUAAUGAGCUAAUAUGCUAAUGUACAUGUCGUCACUUCAAAAUGAAUUUUAUUUUUAAGUUUUCACCCGCAAGGAGCUCUUCUCAAGACUGCUAUGCUAAAUGCUAAUGCUAACGUCUCUUGGCCUCGCCAGCUAUAGAGCGGCUCGAUGGCCUCGUCAGCGCGGGCGGCGACUCCGAGGCCAGGAGACGGAUCGAUCGGGGAGCGGGCGUAUCCCCCAGGGGUUUCGGAGGUGUGCCCAGAACCGCCCCGUUUUAGUUCUUCCCAGCUACGCCACUUUUUUUUUUUUGUUUUGUUUUGUUUUUUUUCUGUGGUUUUUCUAACGGACGUUUGUCCAAAUGUAACCUUUGGACUUUUCUAGUAGAUUCUAUGGACUGACGGGCGAGGAAGACGAAGGUGAAGAUGAUGAUGAUGAUAUAACCAUGAGGGCUAAUAAACAGGCUCCUUCUUUCUGA